AUGCGCCCGUUUUGUAAAAAAAUUGCAAGUGAUUGUUUUGAAGAUGGCGAAUAUGAAACAAAAUUUCAAAUGUUAAAAAAAUUCUGGACGAGGAAGGUCGGAAAGACUGUUGAAAAUAUUCGCGCUACGCAAGAUAUGGCACAUGAUGAACGGAAGCGACUAACCUUCCCGACCCUACAAAUUCCUUGUUCAUCGAUAACAUUCAUAGGUUCUAAUAAUAAAAUAAUGGCUUUAUGA